UUUCUUCCCCCACCCUCGGUGCGCUUUUUGAGCCCGUGGAGCCCCCGUAGCACCCCCAAGGUCAUAGAGAGCCGGAGCGCCGGCCCGCCCGAGAGAGAGAGAGAGACCAUCUCUAUGGUCGCCGGGGAGAUGCGGUCGGUCAGUUAUGUGCAGCGGGUGGCGCUCGAGUUCAGCGGGAGCCUCUUCCCUCACGCCAUAUGCCUGGGAGACGCCGAUAACGAUACGCUGAACGAGCUAGUGGUGGGGGACACCAACGGGAAACUCUGCGUGUACAAGAAUGACGAUAGCAAGCCCUGGGCCUUGCGCUCCUGCCAAGGAAUGCUCACCUGUGUUGGUGUUGGGGACGUGUGCAAUAGAGGAAAGAAUCUGGUUGUUGCCGUAAGUGCUGAGGGCUGGUUUCAUCUCUUUGACCUGACUCCUCCACCCUCAAAGCAUCCAGAUGCGUCUGGUCACCAUGAACCCCCACUGGCAGAUGAGCAGAAGCCAGUGUUCAAGCAGCACAUUCCUGCCAACACCAAGGUCAUGCUGAUCAAUGACAUUGAUGGAGAUGGGAAGUUCGAACUGGUGGUGGGUUACACGGACCGUGUGGUGCGAGCCUUCCGCUGGGAGGACCUGUCUGAGAGCUCCGACCACAUCUCCGGCCAGCUGGUGCUGCUGAAAAAGUGGCUGCUGGAGGGUCAGGUGGACAGCCUCUCUGUGAACCCGGGCCCUGAUGGUGCCCCCGAGAUGAUGGUGUCCCAGCCGGGCUGUGGCUAUGCUAUCCUGCUCUGCACCUGGAAGCCGGACAAGCAGCCCCUAGCAGAGGGAGGAGACAGCUCUGCAACCAGCAGGGAGGCCCCAGUUCGGGACGUUAUCCUUCACCAGACGUCUGGCAGGAUUCAUAACAAGAACGUUUCCACUCAUCUAAUUGGCAGCAUUGGCCGAGGCUGCACUAAAGCGGAUGCUGGCUCAGGCCUCUUUGCCCUCUGCACUCUGGACGGAACGUUGAAGCUCAUGGAAGGGGCGGAUAAGCUGCUGUGGUCUGUUCAGGUCGAUCACCAGCUCUUUGCUCUGGAAAAACUGGAUGUUACUGGCAACGGGCAUGAGGAGGUGGUUGCCUGCGCCUGGGAUGGCCAGACAUACGUCAUCGACCACAAUCGGACGGUGGCCAGAUUCCAAGUGGACGAGAACGUUCGCGCGUUCUGUGCCGGCCUCUAUGCAUGCAAAGGAGGCCACAACAGCCCGUGCCUGGUUUACGUCAGUUUCAACCAGAAGAUCUACAUCUACUGGGAUGUGCAGCUGGAAAGAAUGGAAUCCACCAACCUGCUGAAGAUACUAGAGACCAACCCAGAAUACAAGGACCUUCUGCAGCAGCUGGAAGUGGAAGGAGAUGAUGUCUCGGCUGUCAAAGAUCUGAUUCACAAGACCCUGUACUUCCCAGAAAAGCAGCCACAGAACAGCCCUUGCCAACAUCGGGGCCCUGCUGGAGCAGACUCCUCCAGUCACCCCACCAUUGCCCAAGACUCGUGUACGUAAUAGUAUCUCUUCUCACAGUAGUGACCCUUCCUUAGGUGUUGGCUACAGUCAGUCAUUCAUGUUGCACCAAGCUCAGUCUGUAUCUGGGAUCAAUGAGAUCCUUCCCUCCUUGUCAGUCCAGCAAGCUAGCAGCAGCAGACAAGCCACUGUGUUAGAAUUAGCCUUCAGGUCAGGGCUGAGGUAAGGUGAGCGCUCGGAUGCUGGUUUUAUCAUUGAGGGGUGGCGAGUUCGUUGCCCCUUUAGUUGAAGCAAUGAGGAUCCAGUUCCUUCUGUUCUCUGGGGUGCCACCAUUAGAAUUAAACUCUCAGCAGCCAUGUUCUCUGCUGGUCAAAGAGUUGUGCUUGUGAAGGGGAAACAGAGAGCAGCAAACUUGCAUCUAGUCUUGGUACGUUAUUUGUGCAGUCCCUGUGGAGCUGAUCCCCUGAGUUCCUAGCAGCUUAUGAAUGGGGGAUUCGCUGGUGGUAGAGAGGGCUUUUUGUUUGUUCUGGAUUUUUUAUCACAUGUCCAUAUGCAUGAAUCUCUAGACAGACCUGCAGCAUUACCCCUGCUUCAAUUCUGACAUUCCCCUUGAUCCUAGGCCUCCUCUCACAGCAGCAGCUUUCAUUCACACACACAGCUGAUUUGUUUCCCGUGGUACUGAUAACAGGGAGGUGUGUGGCUGAUGCCUGAAGAAAACUAGGCAGCUCCAGCAACAGUGCUGGCAAAAGGAACCCAAACUGCUGUUGGUAGGAAUGCAAUCAGGAGAAAGUUGAACCCUCAUUCUGGUUGCUCACAUAAAGACUGUGGGCCAAGCUCAUCCCUAGGAUGACUAUUUAUACAGAGCAGUCAAGAACUGGACAAUAAAUUGAAUCCAUUCUAAAUGUUGUUCUGUGAUAAUGACCAGCCUUGCAACCAGCAGUGCCACUGUGCCUCCCAGCCUUGCACAUCUGUAGCAGCUGCAGUAGUGCUACCCUGCCUUCCACCACUGGCUACCUGGAACAGCCAGAAAGAGCAUCAUUUUGCUUUCCAGCCCUGCACAUGUGUAAUAGCUAGGAGGAGUAGGCACUCCACUUUCUGCCACUGCAAAGCUUGGAGGCAUGCCACUCCAGGUCCAGCACUGCACAGGGGGAAGGGUGGCACUGCAAUUUCUGCAGGCGCUGCUCUGCUCUCUCCAGCCCUUGUACGUCUCUGACUGCUUUGCCUCCCUCAGUCCAGCACCAGUCUCAACUCAUUAAGACGAGACCAGCAGGCAAACCUGCUGCUCUGCAUCCAUUAUCAUCUCUCAUCCAUGCAAUGUUUUAUUUAACACACAUAAUGGAUGGAGCUUUCCUCCCACGCCCCACCACAGAGAGAUUUGGAUCUGACUCCGAGCAAAUAUAAUUAAUUCAAUGAUCGCCCUUAGGAAAUGAUAACAUGUAAGGAUCCCACAAGCUGUUGGGCUCCUGCUGCGCCAUGUUCUGAAAAACACCCUUGAGCACCUCAGCAGGGAGACUGAAUUCCUCACUCAUUUCAGGAGAAUGGAAGUGCCUGCCUGCUGGGGUAGAAGCCUAGGGUUGGAACAGACAGACUUGGGUGGGGGUGCGGUGUGGAACAUCUGAUUAUUAGACAAUAAACCUUAGCUCCUGUGA